AUUAGCAACAUGCACGGUUCUGCUCUUCGUGCAGCGUCUGGUGGCCAGGAUGCCCUGGACGCUGGUAGCAGUCACCACCUGCGCGUUUUACCUUGCAUCGGGAGGUCACAAAUUCGUGGAAGUCUUCUUGAAGACCAUACGCCGAGACGUACGUGCUGCUGGUGUCCUCCUCAAAGUGAAGCUCAAUGUGAAGCGGAAUUUGAAAUUGAACAACACAGUCCCAAAAAUCUUCCAAGAAGUUGCUCAGAGGCAUCCGGAAAAGACGGCGCUCAUCUUCGAAGGGACUGGCGUUGCUUGGAGUUUCCGGGAGCUGGACGAGUACUCAAACAGAGUGGCCAACUUUUUCUCUGAGCGCGGCUGCCGCCCCGGUGAUGUGGUGGCCCUUUUCAUGGAGAGCAGGAAUGAGUACGUGGGACUGUGGCUGGGCUUGGCCAAAGUUGGAGUCGAGGCAGCGCUGAUAAACUUCAAUUUGCGACUGGACGCCCUGACCCACUGCGUCACCAUCUCCAAGGCCAAAGCCAUUAUAUUCGGCAGCGAACUGAAUGGUGCCUUGCAGGAGAUCCACCAGACCCUGGGGAAAUCCAUGCAGUUGUAUUGCUCUGGAGAAUGGAACUUCAGCGAGAUGCUCCCAGGCACUGUAAACCUCGACCAAUUUCUAGAAGCCUCACCGUCCGAUCCUCCUGUGCCUCUCCCAAACCGAGGAUUUACAGAUCGACUGUUUUACAUUUAUACUUCAGGAACGACAGGGAUGCCGAAGGCAGCCAUAGUUGUCCACAGCAGAUAUUACCGGAUGGCAGCUUUGGUCUACUACGGUUAUCAGAUGCGCACUGAUGACAUUGUCUAUGACUGUUUGCCUCUCUAUCACUCUGCAGGGAAUAUUGUGGGAAUAGGGCAAUGCCUUUUACAUGGACUGACUGUUGUUAUCAAGAGAAAAUUCUCUGCCUCUCGCUUCUGGGAUGACUGCAUUAAGUACAGGUGCACGAUUGUCCAGUAUAUCGGGGAGAUUUGCCGCUAUCUCCUGAGCCAGCCCCAGCGCAGUGUGGAGAAGGAGCACUGCGUCCGCAUGGCCCUGGGAAACGGCUUGCGGCCGUCCAUCUGGGAGGACUUCACUUCCCGCUUCCAGAUCCCGCAGAUCGCCGAGUUCUACGGAGCCACGGAAUGCAACUGCAGCCUGGGGAACUUCGACAGCAAGACUGGUGCCUGUGGAUUUAAUAGCCGCAUUCUGCCAUUCAUCUACCCGAUCCGUUUGGUUAAAGUAGACGAGGAAACAAUGGAGCUGAUUCGAGAUUCCAAUGGUGUCUGCAUCCCCUGUCAACCAGGUGAGCCAGGCCAGCUGGUAGGCCGUAUUGUGCAGAGUGACCCCCUGCGGAGGUUUGAUGGAUAUGUAAACGAUUUGGCAACGUCCAAAAAGAUUGCCCGUGAUGUGUUCAAGAAAGGAGACAUGGCCUAUCUCUCUGGUGACGUCCUGGUGAUGGAUGACUACGGCUACAUGUAUUUCCGGGACCGCACGGGGGACACUUUCCGUUGGAAAGGGGAGAAUGUGUCGACCACAGAGGUUGAGGGAAUUCUCAGUCGCUAUCUCAGCAUGGCCGAUGUUGUUGUCUAUGGAGUGGAGGUACCAGGUGCAGAAGGCAGAGCUGGGAUGGCGGCCAUAGCAGACUCCAGUGGCUGGGUAGACUUGGAGAAGUUCUACACGGAUCUUGAGGUGGCUUUGCCACCAUACGCACGGCCUGUGUUCCUGAGGUUGCUGCCAGUAGUGAGCAAGACAGGACUUGCAAAACAUCCUCAUGUGUUAUGAGAAUGGAAUUAAACAGGAUUCAACAAGGAACAGAUCUUUUUCAAAACGUCUCCUCAAAGAAUCGCUCAGUCUUGAUCCUUUAUCUCCUUUGCUCUCUCUUCUAAAUUGUCGUUAUUGCCUCCUUCUCAAAGAGUUCUCCCUAGAUUUGCCCCUGGUACGAGAGGUUGCCCCAGAGGAGGUUUACAUGUUAGAGAUACAGCAUGGUAACAGGCGAUGGAAGACCGCGCCACCCAAUUACACCCAUGUGACCAAUUAACCUACUAACCCGUGCAUCUUUGGAGUGUGGAAGGAAACCAGAGCACCUGGAGGAAACCCACGCAGUCAUGGUGAAAACUACAAACUCCUUAUGGACAGCAGCGGAAUUGAACCCAGGUCACUAGCACAGUAAUAGUGUUAUUCCAACCGCUAUUCUACCAUGACACCAUAGAUAACCGUAAGCCAUAGGAGCAGAAUUAGGCCAUUCAGCCCAUUGAAUCUGCUUUGCCAUUCCAUCAUGGCUGAUCCUGGAUCCCACUGAACUGAGUAACCUGCCUUCUCGUCAUAUCCUUUGAUGCCCUGACUGAUUAGGAAACCAUCAACUUCCACCUUAGAUAUACCUAUAAGCGUGGCCUUCACCGCAGUCUGUGACACAACAUUCCACAGAUCCACUACUCUCUGGCUAAAAGAAUUCUUCCUUACCUCUGUUCUAAAAGCUCACCCCUCAAUUUUGAGGCCGUGCCCUCUUAUUCUGGAUCAUCCUCUUCACAUCAACCCUAUUUAGUCCUUUCAAUAUUCAGUAGGUUUCAAUAAGAUACCCCCGCAUUCUUCUAAAUUUCCAAAGCAGCCAAAUGCUCCUCUUAUGUUAACCCCUUCAUUCCCAGAAUAAUUCGUGAACCUGCUCUGGACUCUCCAAUGACAACAAAUCCUUUCAGAGAUAUUGGACCCAAAACUGUUGACAAUACUCCCAAGUGCAGCCUGACUAGUGUCUUAUAAAGCCUCAAUAUUAUCUCCUUGCUUUUAUAUUCUGUUUGCCUCGAAAUAAAUGACAACAUUGCUUUUGCCUUCUUUA